CAAUAACUAUGGAGGCUUUUAUAAAUUCUUCUAUGGAUGGAGGCCCUCUCAAGAUACAUAUGAUGCACAAUUCCACUUGUAAUGGAUAAGCGUGAUACAGAUUCAAGCACCAGAGGACACAGUCUUAAGGGCAAUUCAAGAGUUGAUUCAAAUUACGGUUCAUUAGAACAGCUUGGAGAAGAAGGAAGUAGUAGCUCCAUAUCUUUAUCUGCCUCAUUUAGUGAUUCUACAGACGAAAUUGACACAACAAGCAUAAGCCAGGGCAGUCUCUGUAUGCCUUCUGAUAAAAGAAGACGCAAACGUGACAAAAUCAAAGCAUGUUUGCGUAAACUCAAAUAUCUCAUACCGUCCACAACGGAGAGCAAGAAGGAAUCAGGUACGGUGUUUGCCCUGAGGCAAGCACUGAGUCAUAUCAAACAAUUGCAAGGCGCUGCGGAUACUGGUGCAAAAUUCUCGAUCAAAAUAGACGAAAUUCAGGAAAUCGUCGAAACGAAGCAAGGUGCCAGUGCCAGUGGUACAAAUAACUGUGUGUUAGCAGUUCACCAAGGAACAAUCCUGCUAUGUUCCACCCAGCUGGAACAACUCUUGGGUUAUCCUAAGGACUACCUCUGCAACCAUUCAUUCAGUGCCCUUGUACAUCACCGAGAUGAGCAGACCGUAUCAUUCAGCGUCCAGGGACCCAAGAGCUCCAGCGAUGAGGAAGCUGUGGAUGAAGGACUGGCAAUGGCUGAAGGACCAAGGGAAAUAUACUUCCGAAUGCAGUGUUUCAAGGGGUUACGCCAUGGGUUCAGUGUCACAAACAGCGAAUAUCUCACGCUGCUCGCAACCAUCACGCUCGCGACAAAAACGGUUGAGCAAAAAUCAGAAUUUGAUGAUGCCGAGACGAAAAAGAAGACGUAUGCGUAUUACAUCUUUAACUGUUCAGAAGUAAAGCCUGCCUACAAAAUUCCAAUGGAGGUUCCAGACUUGGCUAUCUUCAGCACACGACACAGUAUAUACUGCCUAUACACCUACAUGCAUCCGAGCUCGAUCCGGUACUUAGGAUUUCUACCGUCAGACAUUGAGAAUACAUCCAUCUUUAAUCUUUACCAUCCAAAUGAUAUGAUGCACCUCUACAAUAUGUAUGAGGAAGUUAUUAAGGCAGGUGUCAGUGCAACCCGCAGCAAACCGUAUCGACUCCGAGUUAAAAAUAACGACUACAUUAUGGUGGAGACAACUUGGUCAUGUUUUGUCGAUCCUUGGACCAAGAAACUGGAAUUCCUUGUCGGACAGCACAAGGUUCUACAAGGUCCUCAGCACCUGGACAUCUUUUCAAGACGUUCAAGCACUGGUGUUCCUGAUAGCGUGGAAGUAGAAUAUUUCAGGAAGAAAAUCAAGGAUCUAUUUGUGGUGGCUGGUAAAAGUAUCGUCGCUGCCCAGAAGUUGAUUGAAAAUGUCCAAGCACCAGUCCUUGCUCAACCACCAGCUGAUGAUGCGAGAACAUUGGACUCAAAUAGCCCACUGGAACUACAAGCAGAAGAUGAUUUGGAGGACAUGUCGGGCGGUGUUACGAGGGUGACUGCCAGCUACAAUCAAGUCAGCUACUCGCAAAUCAUCAGAAAUUUCCUGAUGACGUGUCCCCAGACUGUCUUUGACCCCGAGAUACCCACCAUCAGCAUGAUCAGUAAGAAGCUCCUGAGCACGACGGCGAAAGGAGUCCAUUAUGAUGAGAAUACACGUGUGCCUGUCGCUAAUCUUUCCACGGUGAAACCACCUAGUUUCUGUAGCAGUACUAAGGCACUGUUAUCGGAGCCGGAACCAAUGAGUCCAAAUCCUGCAAAAGAGAUGGACCCCUUGGAUGAGACAGUCCCCCAAGGUGGCAAGGUCUACAAGCCAAAAAAACUUACAAAAACUGCUCUCAUGCGCCACACCAAAACACAGGAGCAGUUUUUCCUCCAGCAGAUGGCUACAGCAGAAGCAAAAGAAUUAAUGCGUAUGCCGGAACCUCGUGAAAAUAUCAAGGCUGGUACUAAGCGCCCUCUGGAAUCGGAUGAGUGUCAACAUGGGACAGCGAAACGAGUGCGUGGUUUGGAGCCCCCGCCAGCAGCCACGGCCACCUCAAGCUGGGACUACCAGCCAAUCAUGGAGUACAGCGAAAUGGAUUUUUCCGCAAGUCAAUAUGGGAACGUCGCGACCGGUCCUCAGGAUUUCCACCAUCUUAGCUGCAGCCAGCGCAUGAUGGGCUUGUCCCAGAAUCCACCACGUGCACGUCUACAUGGAGGGAAGGUAACGCCAUCCCAUCUUUCCCUCUCACCAGACGAAAUUACGGAUAAUACGUUUAAUGAAUCGCUUGUGUCAGUUGGUGGAGGAUUGUCCUCAUCUCAUUACACAGAGGGAUUGUCUGACCCAGAUAUCUCCGUCUCCUCCAGUCUAUUCUCGCUCCCGUCGAGGAUCAAAAGGAUUGAGGUAGGUCAGGAUGAAGGUGGAUGUAUGGCCAAGCCAUUGUACUGGCCGGGGCGCAUCAUGUCGGUGCCUGCCUGGCUCAUGAUACAGAACUGGAAUGAGAGUUCCAUUCAAGGAUACAAGUUGCCAGUACAGGACAUGAAGACGGUGUUGCUCAAGGAUAGUCAGUGGUUGGACUGCUCAGUCCAGUCGGACUACGUCGGUAAACAGCUCAAUACUGCAAUUGGUGAAUGCAAGGCUGUUGUGAAUGACUCCGAACAAUUCUUCCUGUUUGAGCCGUACCAGUUACCAAUGUUGAAGGACAUAGAACUCAGCACCACGAGCUGUAGCAGUUAUGAGAUGAAAGACAAACAACAUCAAUUGAAACACAAAAUCAAACGAUCGCGGUCGAAAAAUGAUCUGAAGGUGAAUAAAGUCAAACUAGCACUGAUCAAAAAAGCCAAGGAAGAAAAACUGUGCGCAGCGAAGCCACUUGGGUUGGUUGAUGGAGAGAAAUGUGAUUCAGGAGAGAUGUCUGGAAAGUGUGAUUCUGGUUUGGGAACAGGCGAACGCAGCAUGAGAAACUCGCCAUCUUUCAGUGAACAGGCAAAAUAUGCUAAGGGAAGGGAGGCCGACAUCAAAGAGUGCACAUCGGUUGAAAAACCGCCGAAAAGUGUUUCGCCGAAUACUGAGAGUAAGUGUGAGACGGAAUCAAAUUCAUCGAAUAAUGAUCGUGAGUCUACGGCAUCUGGAAACGACCAUGAUUCCAGUUGUGGGAAUGAUCAGGACUCUAAUACAUCAAGCAAUGAGCGCGAUUUGAAUGACCCCGAUCGCAGUUCCUCGCCGAGCAAUAGUAAAGGUGAGGGUGACUCGGACAUUUCCAGCGGUAUCACGCCGAGCGACCAGCGCAGCACUGGUGAGGUCAAUAGCUCGUUGAAGGAGUCGGACGGCGUCUCGAGCAAAGAGUCGGGCAGUACCCAUUCCAAUAGUGACUGUAAACCGAGUAAAAAUAGUACAUUGACUCAGUCUGAUGAUGAUGCAUUUAUGUCGUUCUUUAAUCGGUUGUUCGUGCCAAGUGUGGAAAGGAAGCGGCCCAUGCCGCAGUAUCCUAGUACUAACACCAAGGUAAAUCCGUGGCUCGAGGAUGUUGGCCUGAAUAAGGAGUUAGAAAUGGAAUACACUAUGGAAUCGAAGCAGUUAGGUGACGUUCUGAAUGAAAAUAAUCGCCUCACCUCAAAAAUUGAACAGUCAGAAAUGGUGCGGUUACAAUUAGAUGAAUUUCUGGAAGAUGUUAUGAAAGUAGGUCAAGGUAACCUAUGCGAGGAGCAUGGCAGCCAGGAAAAGACCUACUCUGAACUUUUAGACAUGCUCAAUCCAAGUCGGGUUGAUACGAAAGAGUCAUACUGGACAGACAUGACAAAGGCCAUGGAGAUUGAGGGCGAUCUGCUCACUCAGGCUGACCAGUCAAUGACAAUUGUUAUGAGCAAUAAGCACAAGGAGUCAGACCAGGAUAUGAUGGGGUCCAAGUCAUCUUCAUCUGGCUCGCAGAAUCAGUCAUCGAAUUCAUCGAAUAAACUCUUAGCUGUCCCUCAUGAGAAACGUUCUGUUUGUUCGAAAUCGACUAACGAUAGCGGUCUGGGCAGCAGUAUGAUCAGCUCCAGUAAAGAUUCUGCCUCUGCCAGUGGCCAUGACAAGGAGAGUUCGUGUAGCUUCAAGCGCUCUGAUGAAGAGUCCUCCGACACUGGGCGAGGUAAAGAUAGCACACAGACUAGCAGUAAGGGCAGUGAUGGUGAUGGCGAUGCCAGCAUGCAUUGUGCUUGAACAAUCAAAUCGACUGAAAGACCAUCAGCGUUUUUUGUGACCAGCAAACUUUGCGUAAAAUAAAAGACUGCAAAAAACAAACUUGACUAAAAUAACACUCUUAAAGUGGUCUCAAAACACUAUCAAAACACUCUAUCAAAGAUGCAAUUGCACAAAAAUGUGACCUACGAUAGCCAUUCAGUAUGCUCAGUUAAAAACUGUCAUUAGCAUUUUACUUGUGUCACAUGCAUUCGCUAACCUUUGUGUGUCAAAUUGCACUCAGAAAUAGUCUGGACAUCUGCUCGGUUGUAUAAAGAUCACUGACAUUUGGAAAAAAUUAUCUAUAAAAUGUUGCGACAGUGUGUAUUGUAGUAUUUCAAACACAUAUCAGUGGAACCUCUGUUAACAUACACCUCUCUAUGAGCAAUACUGCAUUUUGCCACAAAUUGGUAAUCGUCAUUUAACUUGACCUCUGCAUUAUCAGGUGUCCUCUCAAUUAAGGACAACAGUUGUCAGUCCCAAGGGUGUCAUUGAUAGAACAGUUCUACUGCAAUAGAUAUGUGCUUGUAAUAAUAUGAGGAUUGAUAUGUAGUAUAUCAGCGCUAUUUCACCUUCACAGAAAUAGUUCUGAUGCUCGUAUGUUUUGACGAGAAUUGUCAUUUGACGGAGCGAAUCACUUUAUUGUAUGGUACGUGUAUGUGCGAUUGUAUUCAUUCGUUAAAAAUCGCUCGCGGUACAAAAAAGAUGGAACAGUAUGCCGCAGCUAUUACUGGACUGUCAUGUCUGGUAUGUUGGUUGUUAAACUUCUACGUUCUGCACUGUUUAAGAAUGAAUUGUGCGAGGUGAUGAUGGCUUGUUGUACCACUUCUGUUCAGUUCCUUUACAGAGAGGCCACUGUACCAAAUUUUCGCAGGCGUUUCAUUUUGGCUGAUUAAAAUAUUGAUUCACAAAAAUGAAUAUUUUAACUGAACAUUUAAUAUUGUUGCCUUUGAUCUUCAGAUGCUGUUGUUACAAAUGGUUUGGUGCCGAACGAAAUUGAAGCACUGCGUACUUUAACUGCAUCAGUCGCACUUUGGGGGAAAUUGAAUUAAGACCAUGUCCUCAUCAAGUAUGACAUGGGCAGUAUCUGUGGAAUGUUACAAUACAAAGUCAGAAUAUUUGAAGUAAAACUGGACACGGUAACUGUAAUUUAAAGCCAUG